CCAGCGCGCGCGAAUGUUUGAUUAGCUCAGGAAUCUGUUUACAAACAUCCAUUAGCCAAGCGGACCGUUAUGUCGUGAUUCUCGGUUAAACAUGAAUGAAACAGUGCAAAUUAUUAGUGCCCAAUACCCUUGCCGGGAAUCGUUAAUCCGCAAAUUGUAUCAGUACUACGGAACGGGUGACCCUUUCCCACCGGCAGUUUAUUUGUACGGGCAUACAUCUACCGGCAAGAGUACGAUAUUGCGAGCCUUUCUACCGUUGCUAGAGUACACGAAAUACGCCAUCCUGAAUGCGAUCGAGUGCUACACCAACAAGAUCCUAUUCGAAACGAUUAUUAACCGACUGGAAGGCCACACGCUCAGUGUCGAAAAUGGAUACGCAUCGCUGGUAAGUGCUGACAGCAUGAAAGAUUUCGUUGCUCAGUUGCAACGGCUUAGCAGCGAGUUCAGUUACGUGAUUGUGAUGGAGAAUGCCGAACGAAUACGGGAUAUGGACCAUAAUGUACUGCCGAUGUUGCUUCAACUCCCGGAAGCCACCGGGUUAAACAUUUCCGUUCUGCUGGUAUCGGAUUUGCCCUUCGAGAAGUACCACAUAAGAACGGGGCUUCCGCCCGUUAUCAAACUAUUUGCCGCUGAGUAUAGCAAAAAUGAGAUUUUGGUGAUUUUGAAGAACGAUUUUCGGAAAGUUCAAGAUAAGCUUGAGGCGAGCAUAGUGACAGGAAAAGGGACACCGCUUUCGGAGGAAGAAAUUCAGAAAAGACUGAAAAUUCUGUCGAAUCUAACGCUGGACUUUUACGAAAACUAUCUCAACAUCUUUCUGAGUGUAUUCUACAAAGUUUGUCGUGAUCUGAAAGAGCUUCAGCUGGUUUCACUCGAGUGCUACCAAAAGUACUGCGAACCGGUGUUGGACGGCUCGAUCGAACAGACUGAUGUUCAAAAACUGUGGCGACAUAUUUCCAAAGCCAUGAAAAUAGCACUCGGAACCAUCUAUAUGCGAAUGGGUAACGUCAACCAGGACACAAUCCGGCAAACGAUAGAUCAUCAACCAUCGGAAGCGUCAGAACAGCAGCAAACGAUGAAACGACUAGCUCAAACAUUGGAACUUCCAUUCUACGCCAAGUACCUACUGAUCGCGGCAUACCUGGCGAGUCAUAAUGCUGCCAAGGAAGACAAACGGCUUUUUAUGAAGAAUCACGGGAAGCAGAAGAAACGAAUGCAGUCGGUUAUUGCCAAAGCGAAGGUUUCGGAAAAGAUGGCCACCCAACUGGGACCGAAAUCGUUUACCGUCGAUCGGCUGCUGGCGAUCUUUUACGCCAUUCUGGAUGACAAGGUAGGGCUGACCUGUAACCUUCUGGCACAGAUUUCCACCCUAAUUCACUUGAAAUUUCUGAUCUUCGCCUCGGGCGAAGGCUCGGUAAUGGAAGGAAGCGCCCGAUUGCAGUGCACCGUCGGGAUGGAUUUCAUCGUGCACAUUGGUAAGAUGUGUGGUUUCAACGUCCGGCAGUAUUUGUGCGAUUUCUUCUAA